AGCUGGACCCAAAGUCCGGAGAAAAGGGGAGGGUCCCAGCCCGGCGGGGUCGCCGGGGCCAACGUCCCUCCCCGUCGGGGGCGGGGGCGCAUCUCCGCCGCGCGCGCGGGAGGGGGCAGCGCCGGUGCCCCGGUGCUCCACGUAGUUGCUGGCUCGGGGCGCGCGCUGCGGUCGGGGCCACCGUAUAAAUAGGCCCGGAGCCCCGCGCUCCGAGGACUUGCCGCCGCCGCCGCCGCCCCGGGCCCCAGGCGUCCCGGCCAUGGCCCGCCCGGUGCUCCUGCUCUCGCUCGGCCUCCUGGCCGGCCUGCUGCCCGCGCUGGCCGCCUGCCCCCAGCACUGCCACUGCCACGGCGACCUGCAGCACGUCAUCUGCGACAAGGUGGGCCUGCACAAGAUCCCCAAGGUCUCGGAGAAGACCAAGCUGCUCAACCUGCAGCGCAACAGCUUCCCGGUGCUGGCGGCCAACGCCUUCCGCGCGAUGCCCAACCUCGUGUCGCUGCAUCUGCAGCACUGCCAGAUCCGCGAGGUGGCGGCCGGCGCCUUCCGCGGCCUCAAGCAGCUCAUCUACCUGUACCUGUCGCACAACGACAUCCGCGUGCUGCGCGCCGGCGCCUUCGACGACCUGAGCGAGCUCACCUACCUCUACCUGGACCACAACAAGGUGACCGAGCUGCCCCGCGGGCUGCUCUCGCCGCUCGUCAACCUCUUCAUCCUGCAGCUCAACAACAACAAGAUCCGCGAGCUGCGCGCCGGCGCCUUCCAGGGCGCCAAGGACCUGCGCUGGCUCUACCUGUCCGAGAACGCGCUCAGCACCCUGCAGCCCGGCGCGCUCGACGACGUGGAGAACCUCGCCAAGUUCCACCUGGACCGGAACCAGCUGUCCAGCUACCCCGCGGCGGCGCUCAGCAAGCUGCGCGUGGUGGAGGAGCUGAAGCUGUCGCACAACCCCCUGAAGAGCAUCCCUGACAACGCCUUCCAGUCCUUCGGCAGGUACCUGGAGACCCUCUGGCUGGACAACACACACCUGGAGAAGUUCUCGGAUGGCGCCUUCGUGGGGGCGAGCACGCUGAAGCACGUGCACCUAGAGAAUAACCGCCUGGGCCAGCUGCCUCCCAGCUUCCCUUUUGACAACCUGGAGACCCUCACCCUCACCAACAACCCCUGGAAGUGCACCUGCCCGCUCCGGGGUCUUCGGAGGUGGCUAGAAGCUAAGACUUCGCGCCCCGAUGCCACCUGCGCCUCCCCCAGCAAGGUCAGAGGGCAGCACAUCCGGGACACGGAUGCCUUCCGCAGCUGCAAGUCCCCCACCAAACGGUCCAAGAAAGCCGGUCGCCCCUAAAUGUAGGAGAUUUAGCCCAGAGGUGAAGUUCUGGCCAAUGGGACAGCAAAGUAUGGCCACAGGUGGAGCAGUAUCUGGAAACAAUCCUUAAAGGAGAAGGGCAUCACUGCUUUCUUUGCCUGGGGCG